AUUCUCUGCCAGCAAAAUUUUUUAUGCACAUAAAAGGGUUAAGUGAGUCAGCUGUCAGCUGUGAAAAAUUGUUUCCAUUUAAAUAAAUUGUUGAACAAAAAUUCUAUACGGUUUGUCUAUAUUUUGUAAUUUUUUUUAUGCAUUUUCGAGGAUUUCCAGCAACAAUAAAUAAUGGAGAAGCGACAGCUACGAAAUAGCACGUCCAAAACGGACGAAUGGAUAAAAUGUCAGUCCAAACAACGGCCUGGCCAAUAUUAUAUGUUUAAUAAGGGAACAGGCGAAACCAAAUGGUGCGGUGAAUUCAAAGAUGAUUUGCCAUUAAACAAAUCAAAUGAUAACAAGAAACCAGCAUCGCUACCAAAAAAUAUAAGUACAAAAUCCAUACGAACACCAGCGCAGGAUCGUCUUAAGCGUUUGCAACAUGAUUUGAAAAAGGACCAUAAGGAAAAAUUAACGCAAAAGCAAACUAACAGCACACGCCGACAACGUAGUCAAGAACAAGUGGUUGCAAUUAGCAAAGAAAAUGAGAAUGGUGCGACUAAGGAUACAAAUAAUUCAAAGAAUAAAAAUACAAAAACAAAAUCCACAACAGUUAUUACGCCAAUAGAUUCCAGAAAAGAUUGUCAACCAUCAACAAGUAAAAACGCUUUAUUAGCCAACAAAGAAACGGAUAAGCGAACAACAGCAAACAACUCGUCACAGAAAAAUACUAAAUCAAAACAAAAGUCACCGAAAAAUCAAACCAAAAAACGUACAUCCGCCGAGGCCACAGUAGAGACGACACAAAAACGGCAAAAACGUCCAAAUCAAGAAUUGCCCUUUAAAGAAAAAGACCCAGCAAACACCGAUGAUACAAAAAUUGAGGCGACUUCACACCAACAAACUGCUGCUGUAAGUGGUAUUGGUAGUGGCAUUGUAAACAAAAUAAAAGCUAUAUGCAAAAGUACCUUCAACAGUUAUUGUAACGCUAAAAACGCUUUGAGCCAGAAACCAUUAAAGCCAUGUAUUAAGCAAAAUAAUUUUAAAAUACCAAAAAAACCAAGUGGAGCCCAGCAUUCCACAAAUUUGUCAGCACAAACUAAGGAACCUGAAAAUCGCACAGCCUAUAAAGAUGGAAGCGAAAGUGAUAUGUCCAACCAUAGUAAUGAUAUAUCUACUACACCAAUGACUAUUGUAAUGAAGGGCACUGCAAUGCCAUCUAAUGGCGAUGCAACUGUGGAUUUUAAAGCAAUUGCCCUAACUACUAUGCCCUCACAAUUACAUGGUGCAUCGCAAAAUCGUGCCUUGUCUUCUUAUCCGCAUGGAAGUGCUAAUACGCGCUUAGAACGUUUACGUAAUUCACUUAACCAACAAGCGUUCGCGAAUGGCCAAAAUCUGUCCACACCAACGCGCCUAUGCGCUUCGGCGUGUUCAUCAGCUUUAGCGUGUGUGCUACGCGACACGGCGAUGGCGGACGAAAAUACUGCAAAUGUAGAUGAACCGAUGGACUGGAUGCCAAUUGAAGAGAUAAAAACGGAAACAAUUGAGUUAUCCAGCAAUGAGUCCAGCAACCAACACGCUGAAACCAUGGGCGAGUACUACGGCACCGUCAAUGAAAAUCUACUACGUUACGCAGUAGAACAUAAAUUUGGUGCGGCGUCUACAAUUGGCAGAUGGCUUAAUGAUUACUAUUAUUUUGUUUUGGAUACAAAUGUCUUGCUGCAACAUUUAGCAUUCCUUGAAGAGUUGUGCCAUAUGACAUUGUGCGAUACCGGCGGUACCAUACUGUAUAUACCGUAUAGUGUAUUACAAGAGCUAGACAAAUUGAAACAAUUUGCGGUGGGCGAUGGCACCAAAGUGCUGGCAGUGCGCGCUAUCAAGUACCUUAAUUCCAAGUUUGAAGCAAAGAAUAAACAUUUACAAGCACAAAGCGCACUUAGCGAGCUGGAACAUCUUGUCGAAAUCACCUCGCCAGAUGAUCGCAUAAUCAACUGUUGUUUACAAGUCAAACAACAAAUUGAUCAUGUUAUCUUAUUAACUGAGGAUAUAAACUUGCGUAAUAAGGCUAUUUGUAAUAAUAUUUUAGUGUCGACAAAAUCAGAUCUUGUAGCCAAGCAUACAUAACGGCUACAGCUGUAAAUUUAAAUUGGCAUUAAUUGUAUAUUUAAAAAAAUAAAAAAAACAGCUAUAUUUGAGGUUAUGUCUGUCAAAUGUGGUAAACGAGUGAUACACUGCCAUCCUAGACGUUUAAGUUUCAUAUAAAUUCUAUUCGCGUAACGUAGAAUGUAAACUAUUAUAACAGCGAUACUCUCAAUCACUCGCAACAUCACUUAAUUUCGUUGAGUAUUUUUGAACAAUUUGUGAUAUGGAGAAAAAACAUAACAUUACAUAGAAUAACUAUUAGUUUAGUUAGUUUAGUACUAAAUUUAGUUUGUAAACUUCGUUACAAAUAUUCGCGGAAGUUACAUUUGAAAUAUGUAUGUAUAUGAAUGAAUUGAUAUUUUUAUACUUGUAUGGAAUACACAUUAGUUAAUAUUUUCUAAUAAAUCUGAAUAAUUUUCAAAGCAAACAAAAUCCAUUUUAUAUACACAAGUAACUGUAUAUUUAAUUGAAUUUAAUUUUAUGGGUCAGCUAUCUUUUGCCGUUAAGAUGGCGUCGCAACAAAUAUUUACACAAGAAUUUGCACUUAUGAACAAUUUGCAUGUCAGCUACAGUAGCGGUGAAGAAUAUAUUUUAUAACAAAAAAUUUCAUAAAAUCUUUUCAAAUCAAAAAUUAAAAUUUAUUAUUUACAGUGGAGUUUUUUGAAAAAUCUUGAAUCGCUCACUUAAAACUAAAAAUCAAAAACUUUGGAUUAACACCUGUUUAGAAAAGCAUUUGUUAAAAUUUAAUAUUAACGUGCCCAUUGUAACUAACAGCACUGUAACCGUAAGCUAUAUCCGAACAACCAAAUGGAUUACCAAUUUCGUUUUUUUUUUUUAAUAUUUUUGCUGUUGAACAAUUAAUAAAACUACCAAUUUCUGUAGUCUUCAUUAUUUCAGCAUUAGGUCUCUUUAUUACGUUUUUAUUUGUUGUACAGUGCAGAGGUGCGGUCACUACCUAUACCGCGGUGAGUUUGAAUUUCAUAUUUUUAAUAGAGCAAAAAUUACUUGAAUUAGAAGAGUUAUAUUAUAAAGUUAUUAAAUUUUGUUAAGUGUCUACACUAUUUCUCAUUUAGAAGUGCCACUAGUAUAGAGCGUUCAGGUGUUGCACUAGUUAAGCGCGGUUCUGAUUGUGUUUGCCCUCCACCAGUGGUGGCCCAAAACUAUUCGUAUAGAAAACAAUUUGCCUGUAAACGUUCGAGCUGAUCGGACAGUACUUUUUGCUCUGAUGUUAAACGAUGUAUUUCCUGCUGUUCCUCCACGCUAAUUGGCUUGCGUUUGGCUUUAUUUUGCAUUGUGCGUUUAUAAGCUUCGAGUAUUUCUUGAUCAAUUGUGUCGAGUUUACGUUUGAUUUCUAAACGCUUAAUUUCUUCAGCGGCAGAUUCAUGAAGCCUCUUCAAUGCGGCACCAUUGUACUCAGCUAUUGCUGAUAAUUCGGCGAUGAGACGUUUUAUUUCUGCAUGUAUUUCAUCUUCAUCAUUAUUUGGAAAGUCAUUCAGGUCCAAUAUACCUUGCUCGAUUAGUUCUUUUUUGACACGUUUUUCAAUAUCAAUACAAUUGCGUAGUAACGACAGCGAACGGAAAUUCAUUUGUGCCGAGGAGUGUGUAUUCUCACUACUGCUAUUGCUGCUAUCAGCCACCGCCGAUGCCGCUAGUUCGCUGGGAUUUUGUAUCAGUUGCUCUUCUAAUAGUGCCGACACUAAACGUUGUGUCAAAGGCCCAGUAACACAUUCAUCCAUCAUGGAUUCAGCCUUUUUUAACAUACUACUUGCUGCACUAUUUUGCGGUUUUAAACGAUUUGAAUUGGCGUUUGGAUUUGAAGCUUGUUGCACUUCCUUCAUAUCUUCCGUAGCCCAAAUUGUUGAGUAAUGCGGACCCAGUUCUGGUAUUGGCGGCACUAGUGGUCCAGAAUACUGUUCAAGGAGAUCAUCAAGCAAACGCAGGUCUUCAUUUGUUAAUGGCAUACAAUAUGGCUCGACGGAAAGCCAAAAUUUAUUUGGCGUAUCAUUUUUGGGUAGUGUGACUUUUUGCAGAUGAUGAUCACGAUUUUGUCCAUGACCAUGAGAACUAGUCGGUGGCACAUAGUCCAUGCUAUCAUCCGUAUUCGGUGCAACUGGACUGUUUUUAGCAUGUUUUGUGUGUUUCAGUGACGAGGCGGGUGUGUGUUUGGGUUUACGUACACUUGACGUUUCCUCACGCUUACGUUUACCGCUAGACGAGCUAUUUACAUUGACUGUUUGUGUUUCGCCGCUAGCACCAUGCUUCGUGCGUCGUUCGUUACGUCGUUCAUCUUUAUCCAAAUUCUCAUAUUCGGACUUGAGUACACGAUAACGCAGCGCAACACUCGAAAGUAAUGUUUCAAGUUCCAGUUGUAUAUUGUCUAAUUCCUCUGCCGCCAAAUAGUCAUCAACUGAACGUUGCAGCGCUGCAUGAUAUGUGGGUAGUUGUUUACUGUUGUCUUUAGUUUUCAUUAGUGGUAUGUUUAUGCCAACGCUAUUGGCCUCAGCAUCUGGCUGAGACGUUGUCGAAACCGGGCCGGUUUUGCCACCAGUUCUGUUACCACCACCUGAUGAGCUGGCGCCGAAGCUGGAAGACUUAACUCCUUUUGAAUUGCUUGUUGCCAUAUUUUGCGUAUUUUUGUGCCAAAAAUUGUUUUAUUUUAAAAUUUUUUUCGCAGUCUUUUCGCAAUUUACGUUGUAUUGAUUGAGAAUGAUUUUAUUCUGAGUUGUCAAUGGUUGCGUUGCCAACUAUAAUAACCUUGUUGUUUACAUAUGUUGCGAGUGUUGCUCGCUUUAAUAAUAGCGCUGGUUUUUACAUAUACAUAUUACUUCAUUAAAUGAAAUGCAUUACAAAUUUUAACAAUAAUUUGUUUUAUAUUUAACAAAGUAAUUUAAAAGAUAUCGGAUUAAAUGUUUAUAUAGACAACGUGACAAAAAUUUGAUAGUUUAACGCUUUUAAGGUAUUAGUUUCCCGUGAAUCAGAAGUUUCUCAAUGCUCCAUUCGCAUGCAACCCUGUAGAACCUGAGCGAAUUGCAGUUUUGUUCGGCAGCUCUCAGCUGUUCUUUGUUUAGUCGCCGCUGGGAAUUCGUCGCGUUAAGUAUUUAGUUAAAGUGUUUUGUGUGCAACAUAUUUACUUUAAGUAAAGAAAUUAACCUUGUUUUUAUUAAAAAAAUAAGUAAUAUUUAAUUUACACAGUUCUUUAACUUUAAGAAAACAAAACUUAUAUUAGAAUAUAAAAAACAACCACUAAUGAAAUAAAUAAUAAUAAGUUGAAGUACGUAUCAAAAGUUGUGAUAUCAAUUUUCAAUUGGAAACAACAAAGUGUGAUCAAUUUAAUCAGCUAGCUGCGGCACCACAACGGCGACUAAUAGUAAAAUACCAAUUGACGCUGCUAAAUUCAAUGCAAAGGCGGCGGACCAUUGAGCUGACAAGAUGAAAUUCGCCGAACAUCUCUCGGCGCACAUAACGCCGGAAUGGCGCAAACAAUACAUUAACUAUGAGGAAAUGAAAGCCAUGCUCUAUAUGGCUGUCGAGGAAGCGCCCUCUGUCGACAGCGUUGAAGAUGAGGUACUCAAACGUCAUUUCGCCAAUUUCGAUGAGAAUUUCUUUCAUUAUUGCGACAAGGAAUUGAAGAAAAUCAACACAUUCUAUUCGGAAAAGUUAGCCGAAGCGACACGUAAAUUUGCCACACUCAAUGCCGAGCUGAAGACGUGCAUCGACGAAUCGGAACGUUCGGCGAAAAAAUCGAAAUCGUUGAAAAAGUCCGGUUUACCGCAUCGCAAAGCGGCCGAACUGAAACUGGCGUUCAGUGAAUUUUAUCUAAGCUUGAUUUUAUUACAAAACUAUCAGAAUUUGAAUCAUACUGGUUUUCGAAAAAUUCUCAAGAAGCAUGAUAAGCUACUACGCGUCGACACCGGUGCCAAGUGGCGUCAGGAGUAUGUGGAGGCCUCACAUUUCUUCACCAAUAAAGAUAUUGAUAAUAUUAUCAAUGAAACGGAGACCACGGUCACGACUGAAUUGGAGAGUGGCGAUCGUACGCGCGCUAUGAAACGUUUGCGUGUACCGCCGUUGGGUGAACAGCAGAGUCCGUGGACUACAUUUAAAGUUGGUCUCUUUUCCGGCAGUUUUAUUGUGCUUGCCAUAGUGGUGGUGUUGUCGGCAAUUUUCCACGAUAUUACCGGCGAAAAUCUCAAAGUCACUUUCCGUCUGUAUCGCGGUCCGUUGCUUAUAAUUGAAUUUAUCUUUCUAAUUGGCGUUAACAUCUACGGCUGGCGUUCAUCAGGUGUCAAUCAUGUGCUCAUCUUCGAAUUAGAUCCACGUAAUCAUCUCUCCGAACAGCAUCUAAUGGAAUUAUCUGCGAUAUUUGGCGUAAUAUGGACGCUGAGCAUGUUAAGCUUCUUGUAUAGCGCCAGCUUAAGCAUACCGGCUUUCAUUAAUCCGCUUACGCUAACCAUUGUGAUGGUGUCAUUCUUGCUGAAUCCAUUUCAUGUAUUUCACCACGAUGCGCGUUUCUGGCUAUUGCGCAUAACUGGUCGCAUGGUAGCAGCACCAUUUUUCCAUGUCGGCUUCGCCGAUUUCUGGCUUGGCGAUCAGUUGAAUUCACUCAGCACAGCCUUGCUGGAUUUCGAGUAUUUGGUGUGUUUCUAUUUCACCAAUGGCAAUUGGUUUGAGGCGCUCGACGCUACAACAUGCAUGGAAAAAGAUUUUAUUAUACGUCCUAUAUUUAAUUGUUUGCCAGCGUGGUUCCGUUUUGCGCAGUGUCUGCGUCGUUACCGCGAUUCGCGUGAAGCCUUCCCUCAUUUGGUGAACGCGGGAAAGUAUUCGAGUACCUUUGCUGUGGUGAUAUUCGCAACAUUAAGGAGCUUUAAUAAUCGCUACUACUCGAGCACAUUUGACAAUCCAUACACCUGGCUGUGGAUUAUUGCCUCCAUCAUCUCCUCAUGCUAUGCUUACACUUGGGAUAUAAAGAUGGAUUGGGGUCUCUUCGAUAAGAAUGCGGGCGAGAAUACAUUUUUGCGCGAGGAAAUCGUUUACUCAACAGGCUUUUAUUACUUCGCCAUCAUCGAAGAUUUGGUGCUACGUUUCCUAUGGGCCUUAUCAUUUUAUCUAACUGAAAUGAAAAUUGUUAGCAGCGAUAUUAUGUCAUCCAUAACGGGUAUUUCGGAAGUAUUCAGACGUUUCGUUUGGAACUUCUUCCGCUUGGAGAACGAACAUCUCAACAAUUGCGGUAAGUUCCGUGCCGUACGCGAUAUCUCAAUUGCACCCAUCGAUUCAUCCGAUCAAACACAAAUAUUACGUAUGAUGGACGAACCGGAGGGCGUUAUAAAUCGUUAUACGAAAACUAAUCGUCCCAAACCGAAAAAGAAUAAGGAUCCUGAGAAGCGUAGCUUGCUACAGCCACGCGGUUCGCUGCAGGAUCUUACUAUCGAUAUUGAUGGCACGAAAAAAUUAUAAAGUCCUGCAAUAAUAAUGAUCUGUAACUAAAUCUUAAGUAUCGAUUAAGUGCUAAAAAGUCCUGACCACUUAAGUAACAGUAAAGAAAUGUAUGCUUCCAUUGUGAGAAUUGUAAGGAAUAUUAGUGAAAACAUAAAACUUAGCCAAUAAGCCAUAAUAGUAUGUACAUAUACAUUUGCCAGCCAUCUAUUACACAAACAUAGUUACAUUUAGUACAAUUUUCUUUGGGCAUAUUAAUUUAAGUACUUAAAGUUAGAGCAGUUUAUUUUAUAUACCACCGCUAAAAGCCAACAGUACUUUCAAACGUUUCGAAGUGUGAAAAGUGAAACACCCACUGAUUGCUAUAACUCUUUGAGCACAACAAUAUAUAUUCGGCAGUAUUACUUAUGUAUGUAAUUACAAAUAAUUUUUCGUACUUACACAUUUUUGAAAAGCUUAUUUUAGUUUCGUUUGUUAUCUUUUUAUGCUAAUCAAUACGUGCAAGUAAAUGUGGUAUGUAAUUAAAAAGACAAGACACUAAAACCCUUUAGACUUACUAUACAUUUAAAUAUAUACUAAAAACCUUUAGACUUAGUAUACAUUUAAAUAUAUACUAAAAACCUUUAGACUUAGUAUAAAUUUAAAUAUAUACAUUUAUAAAAUAAAAAUAAAAAAAUAUUUGUAGGUUAUGAAAUAAAGUAACCGUUAGCGACAUUACCUUUUGUUAACCCAAAACAUUCCCCCAAUUGGACUUUUGCUAAAAUGUUAAACAUUUACAAAACUAUAUAUUGAUAAUUAGCUUAAAAUUCAAAAGAAUUAAAAAAAACAUUUUUGCCUAUAAAAAAAUUUUGUUAUUGCUCUUUUUCUUACAUACAUACAUAUGUAGUUAGCCCUAGGCGCAUUUGCUAAAUAUAUGAAAAUAAAAAUACGAAAUUGCAGACACUCAUUUUAUUGAUGAGCGAUUUAUACAUAUACCCCUAUAGACCAAUAUAUUGUUGUCUAAACCGUAAUAAUACUAAUUCUAACUGGAUUGUAAGCGUAAAGUAUAGUCCAACGAAUUAUUGUAAUACUAAUAAUACUAACUAAUGCUACACAAUAAAACAUCAUAUACAGAAAAAAUCAUAAA